GAUCCGACGGGACUGAUGUAUCUUUUUAAUCUUUUUCGAUUAAUUAUCUCAUGCAAAAAAAAAACUCAAUAAACAGGCCUUAAUUAAAAAUCAUUUACUCUGUUUUCCGUCGUUAAAAAUUCUUUCGUAAAAUUCACGUUGCGUCAUCAAGAGCGACGAAGGAACUAUUGUGUAGUACACCGCGUACAAUACGAGCAGCCAUUUACCCCUUGGCAUUGAGUCUCAGCAUGAAAACAAACAAGCCGCGUUAUAUUUAAACCGAACCAUCCAGUGUAAUGAAGCCGCUGUUCGUCCCGCGAAGAGACAGAAAAAGAAACGCGAUCAAUUGAAAAGAGGUCUUUAACGAACGCGAUACAGUAAAGUUGAAUAUACACUACAAGACAACAUAUAACGCAAAGUUAUAUAAGUAAAUGUACAAUUGUUCAAAAAUCGAUUUAUAUAGAAAUUAUUUAUUCUUUUUUCAAUUAAUGUUUUAGUACUUAUAUAAAAAUUUCAAAAGUGAAAUACAUUAAGAAUUAAAAAUUGGAUUAGGUUAAUAUAUUAUCAUUCAUUGAUCUGAUUAUCAAAAUACAAUGCAUUGCAUAUAAUAAUAGCUUAAAAAAAUAUAUUUCUUUUCUCUAUCGACAAGAAUCUCGCGAUCGAGAAUUUUUUCCCGCCCCUGUGCACCUUUACCCUAGUACGCUUGAUGUUCCAUCGAGACUGCCCCCUCGAUUCCCCUCUGACCGCAAGUAGUCUUACUGUACCCUCUCUUCUCCGAGCCCGCGAGCUUACUUCGCCACCACUCUAAGAACGUAGGAAUGCCGCCGCUAUCCCGACCCGGACGAGUUCAGUGGUUUCGAAGAGUCGAGCAGACGACACUGGCGAAAAGCGCCAGUUUCGCUUGCAUAUUCUUCGCGGGAACGGAAAAAAGGAGAUAUCCUAUAUACGCAGUCCUAGCUGAAUCAAAAGAGAUUUAUACGUCAUCUAAAUCGAAGAAGGAAUCGAAAAAAGAUGCUCGUGUAGCGAAUCGUGAUUACGAAAUCUAUGAUCAUUGUGAUAUAUUUAUUUUUUAUAAUUGAUCGAUUCGACAAGUUUAUGAAUAUUUUUGUGGAAAAGUAUAUAUGGCAAAAUAAAACGAGUUCUAUGAUAAUCAGAAAGUUAAUAUGAAUUGUUCAAAGAGAGGAAUUAGAUAAAAAGUUUUGGUUAGAAAUAAAGGUGAAGAAAUAAUAAAAGGAAAAUGAUAAGGGAGAAAAAGAUCGAGAAGUAGAAGUUUAAAAAUACGGCGAAAACUCGUAAAGAAGAACGAAUGGCCGUCGGACGAUGCAAACUCACGCCUAAAUCGAAAGUUACACAGAUAUAAUUAAAAAGAUCGAUAAAAAAUUACAAAUUGAAAUUGUGGAUGACGUGAUGUUUACAAUGAAGAGAAAUACGACCAGAUCGAAGAGAAACGAGACAAAGCGAAGAAAGCGAGAGGUAUAAAAAUAAAGGAGAAUCAAACGACGGAAAAAGUGGAUAAACGCGUGCGAGGCUAAUCAUUAGAAAAACUGCUGGUUCACUAGAAAGCAAAGUAUGAAAAAAAGGGAGCGGCAAGGAAGAGUAAACGAGAGAAAAGAGUGUAGAGAAAGAAAAGAGUAGAGAUUAGAGAAAAACAGAGAAAGAAAAAAAGUGGCGAGAGAGAAAGAGUAAAAGAGAGAGUAAAAGUAUCGCGCGAGACGUCUGAAGGCUGCACAACAGUAUAGGGUAUAAGGCAACGUGGUGAACAGGACUGCACUGGCAGAGAAAAGAGUAGAGCGGUGCUGAACACAUAGAGGCGAAGAGAGCAAAACGAAGAGAAUCGUGGUAUGGACGAAGCGCGAGAGCGUGGUAUAGUGAAGUGAGAACGAACGAGAGGUAGCAGCAGCAGAAAAGAAACAAGAGAGAGUUGGAAGCAUAGGCAGCAGCGAAGAUCAGAGAGAGGCGAGUCAGUGUGGAGAGAGAGAACCAUUCAUCUUGGCGCGCCUAGACGGGCCGCGAUUGGUCCACUUCGGAUAAGGGAGCGGCGCGAUUGGUCGACUCUGUUUACCAGCUGGUACCCCAGCGCGCUCGAGGAUCGUAGAAGAGAGGGGGGAACAGAACGGAGAGACAAGCGGCGCCAUUAUUGUAAGGGGUUACAUUUAGCUGGCCGUGGGUUGUAGUACGCGGCGUUCGGGAUAGGGGGCUAUAGUACCUUCAUGCAUGGCCCAUAAAGGAUUCGUCGACUAUCCGAGAAGUACGCAAGAAACGGCUUCUAACACCUGACAGGGGCCACGCUCUUCUCUUCUCUUCUCUCUCCUCGUGCCGUCGCCUCGAUCGCCGUCGCAGCCCAAUUUUCUCACUGGGACCGCUGUGUUGGAUCAGCUGGGUGGGCCUGACCGACGAAAGACCCGCUGCUUUAUUGUCGCUCGUCAUCUCGAUGUGGAAGGAAUCGUAAUUACCAUAAAGGAAUCGUAACGUCGUCCCAAAAAUCAUACCUGGACGGUGGAUGCUCUUUUGCUCCGGUGUGUGAUCGACGACACGAUCAUCCAAAAACAUAAAGAGAAACGAAUGAUCUGGAAACGUCCCGUGUACCGUCUGCCGUCGCAAGCUGUCCGGUAAUCGCGAUCAUCCGCCUACUAGCGAUAUCCUUUUCCGCCCGCGUCCGUUAUCGUUCCAGUGAUAAUGUGUAAAGUUGCGUAAGUGGCGAGUCAAAGUGGGGAUCAAAGGUAACGAAUAAACAAGAGAAAAUAGAAAGAUAAUCGGGAAAGGAGAAGGAAGAAAAGAAGAAAUAUCAACAACAAUCAAAUACGAAAAGUGAAAAAAAAACGACGUGAUCGUAAAAAGAAACUGAUUAAUCGAACUGAUAAUCGAGUGCGUGCGUACGGUGCGAAAGAAAUCGAUCAAAGAUCGAGAGAAUAUUCGAUAACUUGUGAUAUAAGAAAAGGUGAUUGGCGUGGAAGUGUGCGUGAAGAUGAAGCAGCAGCCGGCAGAUUUGCCGGUACGGUGUCGGUGUUGAGACACUAAACCCGGCCACCGUGUCCGGGCGUGUCUUCGGCAUCGAGUCCGAAAUCGGCACCGGCUACAGCCGAUAUGAGUUCGAAAUUCAUAAUCGAUAGUAUGCUACCUAAGUACCACCAGCAAUUCCAUCAUCAACAAUUAUUCUCGAGCGCGAAUCCCGGCACGAUCCAAGCGUGUACGACAAGCCCAGCAACCGCGAGCCUAGAAUCGAGUUUAUCCGCGGCUGCAGUCGCGGCCGCGGCAGUGAAUUACGCGCAACAGCACAAUUCCCCUAGCCCGACGGGCUCGAGUCCUCAGCAUUCGGGAAGUUCGGCUUCUACGUCACCGGCGGCACGCACAACUUCCAGCAUGUAUCCAUACGUGUCAGCAGCAGCGGCGCAUCAUCAUCAUCAGCAACAACAAGCGGUCGCGGCGGCAGCAUUCGGCGCUACAUCCAGCAUGGUGCCAGGAUUUGGUUCGACCGCGGCUUCGAGUGCAGCGUUGGCUGCGGCCGCAGCCGUCGAUGCUGCAACCGCCGGCGACAAAUCUUGCCGUUACACCGCCAGCCUCACUGGAAAUGUUGCACCGACAUCCGCCGAUCCAAUGGUAAAUUACACCCUUGGCCAUCAUCAUCAGAACGGUGCUACACCUAGUAGCCUAGUAUCUUCUGCGUCGGCUUCGUCUGCUGUUUCCGCUGCGUCCGCCUCUAUGGCUGCCGCUGCACAAUUCUAUCAUCAAGCCGCCGCUGCAUCGGCCGUCGUUGAUCCUUUGACGUCCUGCCAACAACCUACCACCGGACAACCCAGCAUCUCGGACAUACCGCGAUAUCCAUGGAUGUCCAUCACCGAUUGGAUGAGCCCAUUCGACAGAGUCGUGUGCGGCAAAUCUGCGUUUCUGACAUUUCCAGGACCGAACGGGUGCCCGAGGCGCAGGGGUCGGCAGACGUACACACGGUUCCAGACCCUCGAGCUCGAGAAGGAAUUCCACUACAACCACUACCUGACGCGACGGCGGCGAAUAGAAAUCGCGCACGCUCUCUGCCUGACGGAACGACAGAUCAAGAUCUGGUUUCAAAAUCGGCGGAUGAAGCUGAAGAAAGAAUUGAGGGCGGUGAAAGAAAUCAACGAGCAGGCAAGGCGGGAACGCGAGGAGCAGGAAAUGAUGAAGAAGCAGCAGGCGGAAAAGCAGGCCAAGAUGCAGCAGGAGCAGCAGAAUGCGGCCCUGCAGCAUCAGCAGCAGCACCACGUAAGCGGUCUCGACAAGACACAGAGUGAUCUUCUGAAGGCGGUCAGUAAAGUGCCCACAUAGGAAACUUUGCUAGGCCGGUUGUCUUUCUUUUAAAGAAGAAACAAGAGACUGGACGCAGCCUAGACGCAGACAUCGAAGCGACGUAGCCGGUAAGAGAGGUCGGUCGAAAUGUGUAGAGGACCUUAGAAGUGAACUAACCGCAACUCCAAGCCCGAACGCGGCGCCCUCUUCUUACUCUUCCCGCGCGAACCGACGAAGACGCCUGAGAAUUGUCCGUGCUCUUCUUCCUCCUGCUCCUCGAAAGGUGUUCUUCUUGCGUAGGAGGAUCUCGUCGAGUGAUCUCUGUUCUCUUGUUUUUUUUUAUAUCAAGUGAGGGGAAAAAGCGGAAGAAACAAAAGGACGAUUUUGGGAAGGAAGGUUUUACGGAACACGACUUUGGGGACGCGACAACGACGACGAUGCGCACCGUACGCCAUUGUGUCUAACAACGAGAGACUUGAUGUCGAUAAGAGGCAGAAAAUGUGGAAGGAAAAAAAGAGAGGGAACCGAGAAAGACGCGCGACGAUGUUUGAAGUUGUCUGUCUCUUUUGUUUUUUUGUGAAGGAAGAAAGGAGAUGGAGAUACACAACCGAAGAAGAAGUUGAUCGUAGAGAAGAGCGUGUAGAAAAAGCACACCCUCAAGAAGAAAAAAAUUAUACACUACGUACUUAUUUGGCUGGGCCAAAAGGAAGGACCUAGCCUGUGACUGAUUCCUAGAGCGUAUAAUGUAAUAAUUGUUUAAUGGAGCGCGCUGCGCGACGAGUCAUCGCGAUUGCCGAGCGAUGAACAGCGGGGAUGAUUAAGUUGGCGUGAUAACUGCCAUAUACGAAGAGCCAACGAUCGCGGGAGCUAGGCGAGAACUGGAAUUAACUCGAACCGAAGGAGAAACCGAAGGAUCAACACCACUGUACCGUACAUGUGAGACUCGUGUACGCCAGCGUCGAUGAGACGAUCGAUUAAUAUCAACGGAGAAGAGACCGUAGUGGUGGGGAAUAAUUAAACGAGGCUGUCGAAGAAUUCGUGUAAUUGCGGUGAAUGAUCGAAAAAAGGAGGAAAAAAGAGGACACGAAACUCGUUGCUCUCCGCCAUUUUGAGGAACAUGGACGAUGAUGGGCUUGAUCUUCCGUAUAUAUACUUCACUGUUUCAAUUCCGAUCUGUUAUUCCAUCUUCUUUAUCCGUCACGCCACUUUUAUACUAUUCCUUAUGUACAUCGAAAGGUUUAUCUUAUUGGUGAAAUUUUUUUUCGAAAUAUCAAAAUAGUUCGAUCGAAGAAUAGUUUCUCGUCGAUACGAGGUUGCAGAUCUAAUCUCACGAUUUUGCAGGAAGGUUCGAUAGCUCGUUCUUUAAGGACGAACCGAUAACACGAUUCGCGUUACGAUUAGUCUCGCUCGAAAAAAGAUCGUAAGAAUUCUCGACUCUUCUCGUUGAAACACGAUGGAACGUAUUUUUCGAACGAUUGCUGAAAGCCGGCUUCGGAUACUUUUACCCGAUUGUAACGAAAUCAGUGGCGCAUGCAUUAAAGAGUAUGCUCACGAGCAAUUUCGUGCCGACUUCGAUUUUCCUUGAGAGAGGAAUUUAGUGAUACAAAUCGAUGCCAUUUUGCCAAGCUCCUUUUCCAGACUCAAUUAACCAUGGUUUACACUCGCGAUUGCCUCUUCGAAACUUCGUGUCGUAAUUAGGCAAAUUAAUAUCGGCUACCGAUAAAUACUUCUAUCAUUUCUGACGUAAUUCGAGAUCUGUAUUUGCCGACGUAAAUAUCCUUUAAUCGUUCCAACUCGUUGCGAAUGUUUUAUUUUAUUUUUACGAUUUUUAUUUUUCUUUUUAAUUUUCUUUUUUUUUAUAUGUGUACGUUUCUCUGACCCGGAUCGCCCAUGUUCUUUCACGAAACGUUUGGAAAUUAACGUAAUAUGCGUCGUUGCUCCGGUUGGUAAUUAUAUUUUAAGAAUAAAUUAUCUCUUCCUCUGGAAUCGAAUUAUUGUUGAUUCCUCUUGAUUAAUACGAAGUAUUAUUUAGGAGGAACGCCGAAGCGCGGAAAUUUAUUUUUUUACGAAGAAAUUUAACAGACGAGCGAUGAGGCGUCCUCGAGUUAACAAGCACGAAUAAAGUGUGUAUAUUGUCCAUUUGUUUCUUUUGCGUGAAAUCACCAUUACACGUAUCGCUAACUAAAAUUUCAUAGAAGACACGAAUACUGAUCGAUAAUUUUUUUUUACAAAAAGCCAUCUCAAAGAAAUGAUACGAUACAAUAUUUAUUCGUUAUAUACUCGAAACUUUCUUGCCAAUACGACUCGAUAACUCUUAUUUCCACUACUGGGGAGAAAGCCGAUGAAGCAAGUAAUAUCAUACCGAGCAUAAAUAUUUUCAAAAUGUUUGGGUUUUCGAUCUCUUUUUGUCUUUUAUCAACUGGCAUUUUCUUGCGACCUUCGUAGCCGUUAGAGGAUCGAAUUUCACAUCUAUAGCUGUUGUGUGCCGUGAUACCGAGCCGUGAGCUUACAAUGAAUAAAUACACAUAUACCGUACAGAGGGCGUUUCAUCAAGCGUUGCUUGCUUAUUUCUGUCAUGGAUACUUAACCUCUUAACAACUUCGCGUAUCGAUAUAUCAUUUUCUCUGUUUUGAUACGAAUACGAAUAAUAGUGAUUACACAGUGAUGACUACAGUGUGUGCAAAAGAAACAAGUGAAUAUACUCUUUUAGAAUGUGUGUGAAAAGACUUAUAAUCGUGAUAUAAAGCAAGAAGCGGGAUAAUUCUCCGCGUAUUUCUUCGAUCGAGACAUGGUUCGUGAUAUUACGUGAUUGGCGCGAGUGUUUCGAGUUGAAAAUUGAAAUCGUUUCAGGUAAUAUUAUCGGUUUCGGGGAUUUGAUUCGUCGAUGAGCACAUCCACAUUCAUUUUAUCGUUUCAGUUAGAUCUCAGAGGAUAUCUCGCAAAGGUAUCGCUAAAGGCUUUUACUAAUACAAGAUAAUUUGUAUAAAAGUAGCACGUUUUCCAUAUUAUCUAAGAUAAUUUAUCGUAUCGUUAUCGCGAGAAUAUUUUGUCCUUUAAUUCUCGUCUCGUGAAAAUAACGAUCUAUGAUCGUUCUCUGUUCUUUUCAACAGAAAUCUAAUUUUUCAUCUAUAUUUCUUUUGUCUUUCUUCCUUUCGUAUUUUUUUCUUCUUUUUUAUAAAUAUUAUUCGCGGUAAGGUGUUAAUUCUUGUAAAUUUUUCCAUGUUAAUUUUACGUAGUGUUACAUAAUUAUAUCGAUGCCGUGUUGAGCGUCGAGCAUCGAGAUUGUUGAACAAAUUUUUUUUGUUUUCGUCUUCUCUUUGCCAUAUUUUCGUCCAAUUAUCACGGGACAACGACGUCUUUUCGCAAAUCACAAUUCGAACGCACAAGUAAUCAAUCGUAAAAAAAAAAGAAAAAGAAGAAAGGAAAAGAGUUUGGGAGAGUGGAAAAAAGAAAGAAAACAAAUAAAAGUACACACGAGAGAGAGAACGAACUUUUAAACGUGAUGCAAAAAUGUUUACAAAGACACACUGGAUGAGUAUCUCACUCUUAGUACAUUAAAUACGUAAUUUGGUGUCAGGGUAGACUUUUUUCUAUAGAUAUAGAAACCGUUAUUGCUAUUUACUUACGUAGAAUUCAUAAUGAAAAAAAAAAAAAAAGAGGACUCUAGCAAGAAAAAUCGAGAGAAAAAUUACAGGACUUCAGAUAAUAUAAAUUAUUACCUAAUUAUUUUUUUCUCUUCCCCAUUAAAUACGAUUCGUACAAAAUAUUCCUCUGUCUUUUCAAACGAUUCAAAUGAUGAUUGGUUUUUCAAAGUUAUCGUGAAUAUAUAUUUUAUAUAUCUAUGCGUCUAUGUGUCAUUUGAUCUCUCUGUUCAAAGAGAGAAUGGAUUUUUCAAAUUUUCCUCGUUGAAAAAUACAUCGAAUUACGUGAUUUGAUGUUUUUGUUGAAUAUUCUCUUUUUUGUUUCUUUUUUGUUGUAUCGCGAUUUUUAGCGCGAAUCGUUAAGUUUUAUCAAAAUUGAAGAAUUGUUUAUUGUUAAGACGUUUAUUCGAGCAAACCGUAUGAAUAUUAAAGUGCAAUGAAUCGUCGAAAUAUCGAUAAAAACGCAUAUACGUAAUUCGAGAACAAGAGAAAAAUCAUAGAUUUGCUUUCUUGACGCAGGAAGGCAAGGAAUCUAUUGUACGAAUCGUUGAAUGAUUAUCUAUUUACGAUGUAAAAUCAUAGUACACAGUACCGUAUUAUAUAUUAUUAAAAAUAACGAGUAUAUUAUAUAAAAAUAUAUAUAUAUAUAUAUAUGCAUAUAUAUAUGAACAAUUGGAAAAGAAAAUCUGUUGUACUCUAAGGACAAGCAGAAACAAACAGAAAAAAAUUUUGAUAAUUGUAUCGUGGAGAAAGGAAAAAAAAAAAAAUUAAACUUAGAAUACGUAUAAUGUACGUAAUUGUAAAAGUCACAUUAUAAAGCAAACAAUUAAUAGAAAAAAACGAAAUGAGGAAAAAAAAUUUACGAAAAAAAAAAAGAUAUAAAUAAUAAGAAAGAAAAAAAAUAAGACUUUAUUAAAUCGAAGGGAGGAAAGGAAAAAUUUUUAGACCGGCUAGAGCAACUACUAUUAAAUAGCGAAAAAAAAAAAAAAGAAAAGAAAAUAAAUAGACGUCCGUAAUCAAGGUGAAAUUGCAUCGUUUUUAGAGAAAAAUUUAAAGAAAAUUAAUAUUGUGCGAAAGAGAAAUAGAAAAAAAGGAAGAAUGAUAGAAAAAGAGAAUGAAUGAAUAAACCGUAUUCAUAUUAAUAAUAUACUGCUAAUUACCUAAAAUACUAUUAUACAUAAAUAUCGCCGUACAUAAAAAAAAAAAAGUAACGAUUAAGCUGAGCAUGCGAGUUUAUGCACGAGAUCUAACUCAUGUAAAUUAUCUCCAUCUCUCCCUUCUUGCCCCCUUCAAUUCCUUCACCAUCUUCCUCAACUUCCACACUUCCACAUAUAGCAAAAUGUUAUAUACCUCUGCAUACCGUAAUGACGUGUUUUGACACGUGACGAACAGGAUAGAUGAAAACGAAGAAAGAAUAAAAAAAAUAUUAGUUUACGCGAACGGCGUAGAAUUAAUAAAAAUAUAAUAUGUGCGUAAAAUAUACAAUAAUAAGAUAUAUGAUUUAGUUGAAAAGAAAUUAAACGUUUAAGAGGAACAGAAAAUACGAUUACAUUGUAUAGUUGUCGAGAAAUUACAAUUAGUAACGCAGUUUAACGAAUGCAACCGACGACAGCUACGACGAUGACGAUGACGAUGACGACGACGAUGACCGUUGAAAGACACGUGUCUAGAACCAUACUUUUUUAUGGUUCUAGAAACUUUGAAUUUCGUUUGCUUGGAUGCUUAAAUCGUUAAUUUCUUUCUUUAUUUUCUUGCUUAUCUUUAUUAUUCUUUUUUUAAAUGUCUUAAUGCUUUAACCGUUCGUUGUUAUUCUAUACUUCAGCAAAUUUUGAAAGUAAAACGAUCCUUAUUCUCAUUAUUAUUUCUUAACUAUCUAUUCAUUUUCUAAGUAAUGUUGUUUUUAAUGCCCAUUGCUGUUCUCAUCAAAUUUUGAAACUAAUCUUUAUUGUUAUUAUUAUUUCAGCCACCUGCUCUAUAUAUAUUCGUUUUCCAAGUAAUGCUCGCUUCAACAUUUGUUGUUAUCUCUACCAAAUUUUGAAACUGAUCCUUAUUGUUAUUAUUAUUUCAGCCACCUGCACCCAUUUAUUCUUCGUUUUCUAAGUACUGCUCGUUUUAACGAUCAUUUUUAUCUUUGCUAAAUUUUAUAAAUUUUGGAAACUUAUCUUUAUUAUUAUUGUUAUUUCAGACACCUGCAUCCAUUUAUUCGUUAUAUUCUCGAGCUUUUUUGUAGAUAUAUGCCUCGACAGCCUCUCCAUUUCCAAGGUCUUCCUUGGAUUCAGUGAAGCGAAUAAUUUCAGUACAUCAUAAAUUUCUUUAAAUGGUUUGACUCUGAAUCCCUCUUCGUUUUUCGUUGGCUGUCAUUUUUUAACGACGAUCGUCUCAAAAAUAAAGUAAAGUUAGAAUUUCGAGUCCUUAGUUAGCUCACGAUUAUUCCUGAACCGUGAGUUUAUAACUAAUAAUAUAUAUACACUUGAGGAUUUUAUUAAAAAUUAUCUCAUUGAAUAAAUAUAUAGAUUCGGUCAUAUAUACAAUCUGCGGGCAUUGCUCUAUUUCCUAUGAAAAAUCGUGACUUGCGAUGAACGUUUAAAUUCUCGAUAUCCUUCGAAGGAAUUAAAAAACGUAUCGUACUUGCUUCCGCGUGAUAAAUGUUUCAUUUCUUUGAAAAUCCGUUUCUGUUUGCAAUCCUCGUUUCUACUCUAACGUUUUUGCGUCUAACGUGCUUACAAUUUGAAUUUGUCAGGUAUGUGUCUCCUUACACGUUCGCCGCGUGUAUGUACGAAUAACACGAUAUUAUUGCGACUUCUAGUGACACGACUGUAUCUUCUUCGGAGUAGGGAGAAUCGGCGCGCGUGGGUUUAGCAAUUGAAAAGCAAAAGAGAAAAAAAAUUGUGCGAGAAAAAAUGUCGAUGCAUGCACAAGUCGUAUAUCGGUUCCGGUCCAUAUAAUAUCUUAGUUACGGAAUUUAACGAGAUAGAGAUAAUCGCAAGCGGCCGCGAUCUGGGCAUGCGCAAUUAUUCGUGAUGCAUUUCGUGUGCUGCCAUUUUUUUUUUUCUGUUCUCCUGUCGGCAGUUUGAACGGAAAGGGAAAAAGGAAGGUGCACGUUCGCGCCUGAAUCUUUUUUCGGCUCAAUGUAUACGUAAAAAAAAAAAAAAAAAAAAGAAAAAAAGAGAAAAAAAUGUUGUAUGAAAAGAAAUGAAAGAAAAAAGGGAACUGAAGAAAUUUAAUAGAAAUGAGAGAGAAAUUUUUUUUACCGAUGGAAAAAAGUCCCUAGAAUCGAUGUAACUAUUUGUAGAAAAGCUUUACACGUGACUCUAUUUACGAAUUAUUAUUAUUAUUAUUAUUAUUAAUAUUAUUAUUAUUAUUAUUGAUUAUUGAUUAUUGAUAAUAUUAUUCGUCGACACUAUUUUUAUUAUUUUUAUUAUUAUAUAACGUAGCUUUUAUUUUGAAUGUUACAAGUGUUCGCGUACAAAGUCUGUUUUUCAAAACGGAUGUUUUUUAAAACGACUUUAAAGUGACACGGCCGGCCAGAAAACGGGUUAGCAGAAGUGGCGGCGCCGAUACGUCCGACAAAUUAGGGAUAUACGUAACGCGUACUAAAUAUAAUUAAUUAUCAUUAUUAAAUUAGAAGUUUGUACAGUAAAUGCAAUGGUGAGAUUUGUAGCGAUUAUAUACAUACGUAAUGUAUUAAGUCUUUAAUCGUUAAUGAUUGCAGUUCGAAAUCGGAAGGGGGAGAGGAAAAAAAAAACGAAGAAAGAAAAAAACAGAGAAAAGAACUCGUAGUUGGAUGUAACGUGUAAUUCAGACGAGUUUAUCAUUUUCUUGAGAAAGCCAAUGUGUCGGGUGUAAACGAACGAACGAUUUGGGAACCUAUGCGUUUCCUCUUUUUCUAUUGUGGUUCCAUCCACUUCAUUUUACUCAUUUCUCUUUAAAUCGUUGCUCGUUUAUUCUCAAAUGAUUAUCUUAAUAAAGAUGCGCCUCAUCUGCGUGCGCCGUUCUCUUGUUGUUUCUAGUUAUAAUCUCAUUAAUAAAGUUUUCGUUGACAAUUUUAACGUGUUCCAUGUUACAUGUUGCAAGUUGUUCGCGUUGCAUCGUUUCCGUUGUUUUCUCGUUUUGUAAGCAUCUAUGUUGAUUGUCCAUAUUAUUAUUAUUAUUAUUAUUAUUAUUAUUAAUAUUAUUAAUAUUAUUAUUAUUAUUAUUAUAUAUGUAUAUUUUUCUUUUUUUUUUUUUUUUUUAAGUUUCGUUAUCGAAUACUUUUAUGUUCCCUUACGACACCCAGUGUCUAUCGGAAUCGCCUGUUACAGAAAUUGACGUUAAUUUUAUUGAGAUUGGAUAAAAAGCGUAGCACAUCGCAGAUGAACGUGUCUCGCGUUCCCAAAUCAUUCGGGUAAGAAAUCGGGAAGGAUCAGCGUGUAAGUCGAGAAAUUUUUUUUAGAAUAGAAAAAAAAAAAAAAACUGUGCGGGCGCCGUCCACAUACGAAGCUUUCUCUCGGCUUAUCUUUUUAAACAACCUAAUGAACAUCUACGUUGUUAUAGAAUAUUAUUCCAAAAUAAUUGACGCGUAAUCAUAUCAUAAUAACAUUCAUAAACGCUUCCUUGUUCUCUUUCAUAUUCGCAUCCUUAUCCCCAUCCCUCCCAUCUUUGUCAUCCCAGAUCAUUUUCUCCUCCUCAUCGACAUCCAAUCGAUUUACUCGCUCUAUCUUACCAUUAUUAUAUAGAUGUAUUAUAUUGAAUUAAACUAUAUCGAUUAGGUCUAUACAUAUGCAUAUAUAUAUACGUAUAUAUAUAUAUAUACAUAUAUAUAUAUAUAUAUACGUAUAUAUAUAUACGUAUAUAGAUAUAGGUUAUGUCAGAAACACGAGGGAAAAAAAAGGAAAAGAAACAUAACAACAUGAACAACGUGAACAACAAAAAAAAGCAUCCGCUGUGUAGUAGUACAAUUUUUGCCCGACUUGCCAAAUUCGCGUAAAAAGAAGCAUAAAAAAAAAAUAUAUAUAUAUAUAUAUAUGUAUAUAUAUAUAUAUAUAUAUAUAUAAACCACGAUUCAUCGUUUGAUAAAACCUGCAAAAGGAAAGGAAUAUUUACGUGCGUGUCGCGCGAUGUUCUCGAGAAUGUCAAAAGAAAAAAGAAAUCAAAAUGGAAGAUGCGUGCGCACGCGCGUACGUGUGAACACUUCUCUAAUCCGAAUUAAGGAAAUUGUGUGUGAAACGGAAACACUGGAGUGUGGCUCGAGCAUUGGUCGAAACGAUGUCAGCGUUUUGGCAUGUACGAAGGAACGAGAGAGAGAAAGAGAGAGAGAGAGAGAGAGAGAGAGAGAGAGAGAGAGAGAGAGAGAACGAAAGAGUGAAUGUCCUUCGUCUAGAGGACGACUUAUGUAUGCAUAAGAGGGAGAGAGAGAAUAAUUAGUGGAAAGCGUGCAAGCGAAAAAGAUGGAAUGAAAGAAAAUAUCGCGUGAAUCGUGCCGUACUAAUGUGUAUGCGUAAGCAAACGUGGCAAAUUUGACAAAAAUCGAAAUUUAUUAAUUAAUUAUUCUUAAAAUAUGCGCGUACCAAUUGGUGAUGAAAAAUGAAGGAAAAAGAAGAUUGAAUUUAAAACGUUUGACGGGAACAUAGGAUCGAAUUAAAAUUGCGCAAAAACAAGAGAGAGAGAGAGAGAGAGAAAAAACUAAAGAAUAAUUUGUUAUAUUUUCUUUUUUUUUUUACCUAAUUGUUUAUUUAUGAGCUGUUUAUUUUACACGUUUUUUCGUAGUUUUGUUUUUGUUAAAUGCGAAAUAAAAGAGUAAGAGAGAAAGAGAGAGAGAGAGAGAGAGAGAGAGAGAGAGAGAGAGAGGGGAGAAAUUGAUGAGUUUUGUCUUCUUCUCUUUUUUUUCUCUUUUUCCUUUUCAUAUUUGUGAUACGAUUAUCUCUUUUUGUACGAUUUUGAGAUUAUGUACAGAUAUUUUUAAAAAUAUUACAAUUCCGAAAGACGAUGAUUCUGUUUUGUAAUCAGAUCGAUCGAUCGUCACAGAAAAAAAACAUCCGUGCCAUAAAAAUAUAUGAUGAUGGUAUACGAAACGAUUCGAUCGUCUUUCGAAAAAAAAGGAGAGGAAAAAAAAAAAAAAGAAAAAGAGAAAAAAGAAAGAAGAAGUAAGAAUGACUUUUGAAUGAAAAAAAUAUAUUGUAAUAUAUUAUUUCUAUAUACACUUCUCUUUUGAUUGUGUUCGUUAGAGAAUUUUACGAUCGAUUUGCGUGUGUUACGCAAUACGAUUACGCACUUAGAUUUGGAAUCAGCUGUAAACUGUUCUUUUCUAAAAUUAAAAAAUUCGACGAAAAUAUAAAACAUGAUUGUUUGUAACUGAUUCUGAAAAUUUAUAUUUAUAAAUCUACAUCACCGUUUCUUAAAGUUUUAAAGUUUUAAAUCCUCAACUCAAAUUAAUUGUUCUUCAAAAUUCAUUACGAUAAUCGAACAAUAAAUCAAAUUUUAAUUUGAAAAAUGAAUUGAACCACAAUUAAUACGGGAUACAGGGUCGAGAUUUAAAUCAAGAAUUUAUUAUUUCUGUCAUAAAAAAAAAAAUAAGAAAAUUUUUCAAUCAAAUUAUCAACUAUUAAUGAAUUUUUUUACUCUCUACGGAAUAUUAUCGUCAUUCCUAGACCCUGUAUUAACCAGAUUGAGGUUAAGGAUCGCUGGUCUAUAUUCUAAGUGUCGUAUCUUUUAUUGGCAGCUCUCAUCUUUCGCUCAUGCGUUGAAUAUUGUUAUUUUUACAAAUCCUUUUUUUUUUUUUUUUUUCUAUUAUAGUUUUACAUUUCGCGAGUGUAUAGCACUGUGUGUAUCCUGCCGGUUAGUUUCUUAGCGGGUCGAUGAUGCCUCGAGAAUUUCACGUUCGACCAGAGAGGAGGGGGUGGCCUGUCUCAUCCCCAUUCGCGCGUUUUCGCGUUGCGCGAGAAUUUCCACUCCCUCCACUUUUACCUCUCCUCCCAGUAAAAACGAUCGUGCAAUUCUCGAACUUCGUCCCUACAUGGAUAUAUUUUAUCGAUUAUAUUAUUGUUCUGCGCCGUUUCGCGGUUACUUAAAAUAUAUUGUUUAUCGUUUCGAUAAUUAAUAACAAUUGUACGCGAAUCGUGGUUAUUCUUAGGAUAUAAGUUGACGACGAGCCGAAAAAUUGAAAAAAAAAAUAAAUAAAUAAAGAAAUAAAUAAAUAAAAGAGCCACGUAGCCGGGUUUUGUGCACAUGUCGCAUAUUCAUUUGCUCUCGAGUCGCCACGACAGAGUGGAAAAAUGAUAUUUUUCUCUAUAUCGAGUGUUCGAUGCUUCGACGCGACGUACUGUGAUCGUUAUUGUUUUUCUUGCGCAAAAACGGAAGCCAUUGUUCCUCGUUUCUUUUUUUCUUCUCUUUUUUCUCUUUUUUGUAGAACAGUUUUUUCUCACGGCACUGUUAUAAUCCUACUCGUGAACCAUUCGUCAAAAUAACCAUGCGCACGCACUCUCAAAUGUCUCCGCAAACGCAUAUAACACAGAGAAUACAUACGUACCAAUACUACGUGCAACUCACAUACGUAACGUAUACAUACAUUCAUGUACCAUUCAUUCGAGCGUAAAAAAGGAAAAAGAAAAAACAAUAUAGGAAAAAAAAAAAAAUAUCAGAACUGAGAAUUUAGGUCUUAUAAUUAUCGUCUUGCUGUACCUACGUUUAAAAAAAUGAAUGAAAAGCCGUGUAUUACUUCAAGAGUUUCUUCGAUGUAAAUAUUAAUACUACGUAACGUUAACGUUGCUCAGUGAGCGAGAAUCUGCGGCAAUCGAUGGAUCGUAAUUAAUCGAUCUUGUUGAUCGAUCGAUCGAUCGAUAAACUGCGGAUCCUCGCAUGCCGCUGGAUGAUACCUAAUUAAUGUAAUGCUAGAACGAUAAGAGAGCGUAGCUGUCCUUCAAUACCUACCUUACCACGUUAAGAGUAAUAAAAGUAAAAGGAAUAAUGGAGUCUCAUGUCUAUUUCAAGAAUUAGUAUUAUGCCGUAACGAUGAAAAAAAAAAAAAAUUAAAUAAAUAAGAUGGUGACGACGACGACGAGGGUGGCGAUUGACGAUGACGAUUGACAAGCGAAAAGGUAAUCCAUUGACAAUGAAUGUAAAUGUAUCCAUUUUCGAAACUUGAUGUAGAAUUAUACUCAUAAGCUAUAUCUAUGAUAUACAAACGAAAUAAAAGCGUAUAGUAAAUUAA